GCGCUGUUCAGCAUCAUCCAUCAAAAAGAAAACGGUCCACUUUACGCCGUAUCCCCACUGAUCGACUUCCGCGAAAUAGCGCCAAUACAACCACUCAUCAUGUUGUCAAUCCGAGUACUCAGCGCAGGGGCUAAACCUGGAGCUCUUAGAGUGCCCCGGCCGUCUCCUCCGACAGACAACUCCAUGGCUCAGGUCAAGCUCAUUGCGGCUGGACUGCAUCAGGUCGUCCGAAAACGAGCCUCAGGUGAACACUACUCAGUCACCGGGGACGCAAACACGCCGGGGAUAGACGGAGUCGGCGUCAACCUCAGUACCGGAAAGCUCGUCUACUUCGUCACUCCCGUGGCGGGAGCGGGCUCUUUUGCGGAAUAUGUCAAUGUGCAGACAAAGCACAUGUGGGAAAUGCGCGACGAUGCGGAUCCCGUACAGGCAGCCGCCCUGAUGAAUCCGCUCAUGAGCAGUUGGCUCGCACUGAAAAAGCGCGUCGACUUUCUCCGAGAGGGAAGGCAGGAAGGGUGGUCAUGUUUGAUAAUGGGUGCGACGACCAUGAGUGGAAAGUUGGCCAUCAAAGUGGCUCGGCAUUUUGGAGCCGCCAAGGUGAUAGGAGCAGGACGCGAUGAAACUUCGUUGAAAAGUCUCGGUCUGGAUUCCUACGUUGUUCUCAAUGACCCUGCCGAAACAACAGACUUUACCGCCGCCGGUGACGUGGAUGUCGUGCUCGAUUAUCUUUACGGCCCAUACGUGAGCGCAUUUCUACUCGGCACCAAGGGUCAGAAACAGUUGACUUGGGUAUCUAUUGGCGGACUUGCUGGGGUCGAAGCCGAGAUACCGUCACAAGAGCUGCGCCGCCGAGAUCUGACCAUCAGGGGGUCGGGAAUUGGUUCAUGGAACCCACGCGAAGCAUUCGGGGAGGUUCCGCACAUGCUGAAAUCACUCGAGGACAUUCAUAUGGAUCAUGUAAAGCCGUAUCUCAUGGAGGACGUCGAGAGAGCGUGGGAAGCACCGGACGGCCGAGUUGUUUUUGUGACAAAUGAGUACUCAAGUCUUAUCACAAAGAAGGAGUGAUCGAAUCACCGAUUAUCACAGUUUUUAGUUCUUAGGU